AGCUGAAGCUAGUGAGACAAAAUCACAAGGUGAGUAAAGGUAAAGGUUGAAGUGAGUGGAGAAUGUGUUGGCUGACAUUGCUCCCUUUGUAUUUAGCUGUUAUGGAUGAUGCAAGAGAUCCUCAUCUGAUGGCAAAUCUGCAAAAGCUAGGCCAAGUACAAGUACCACGUGGAAAAGUGCACUUCCAGCCUCAAAAUCCCAUGUUGAACAUUCUAUCUGCCAGACAAAAGGAUAGCGAUCUAGAGAGAGAAGCGAACGAAGCAGCCACAACAAUCUCCUCUUCUGAUGGACGAAAGGUGGAGGGACAAAAUACUCUCAAAAAUCGAAUGCCAAUUUCUACAAUCGUUGCUUUGUUAGACGCACGAAAGGAGUGUAAAACACAGGCAGACUUGAAAGAAGUGGCAAGAGGAUUUGAUAUUGAUGUUGAAUUGAUGGAACAGUUGGCUCGGUAUGUCAAUGCGCCUAGUGUUGAUGCCGCCGAUCGAUUAAAGCAACAGAACCAAGGAAUGCGAGUUGAAGAUGGAGAUGAUGCAUUGGAAAGAAUAGAAGCAAUUUGGACUGAACCAACUCUUGAAUCUGCUAAAAGGAUUAAGGCAUAGGACUUUUAACUGCGAAGAUGUACUAGUACUGUUUCCCCAGAGCAAUGAAUAUCUGUAUAACCUUCCCGAGA